GAUCCUCAGCAUUCAGGUCUGGAUAGACCACCCUAUUCAAUAAACCCAUUUCUGUGUUCUCUUUUCACUCCACCCCUGCAAACACCCACCCACCCACCCAUGGCGAUUCUUACUCUACCCUUAGUCACUUCCAUUCUCAAACCCCACAAGACCCAUCUCUCAUCUUUCGUUUUCAUCACAAGAUCAAACCAUCUUCUUCUCAACAGGUCUCUCAAUCGCCGCUUCGCUAAAACCACAGUCUGCGCAAUCACUACUUCGGCAACCCAACAGUACUCUUAUUCAUCUACAGACUCUAAGCAGCCCAAGAAAGUUUCCAUACCCACCUUUCAACAAGCCAUUCAGCGCCUCCAGGAGUAUUGGGCUUCUGUUGGAUGUGCCGUAAUGCAGUGCAGCAACACAGAGGUUGGAGCAGGGACAAUGAAUCCUCUGACAUUCUUAAGGGUUCUUGGUCCAGAACCGUGGAAUGUAGCGUACGUGGAGCCCAGUAUCCGGCCAGAUGAUAGCCGUUAUGGUGAAAACCCAAAUAGGCUUCAACGCCACACUCAAUUUCAGGUUAUAUUGAAGCCUGAUCCUGGAAAUUCACAAGAUCUUUUUAUCCGUAGUCUAUCAGCCCUAGGUAUCGAUGUUAAUGAACAUGAUAUACGAUUUGUAGAGGACAACUGGGAAAGUCCGGUUCUUGGUGCCUGGGGUUUGGGCUGGGAAAUUUGGAUGGAUGGCAUGGAAAUCACACAAUUCACCUACUUCCAGCAGGCCGGAAGUCUCCAAUUGCUGCCAAUAUCUGUUGAGAUCACUUAUGGUCUUGAACGUAUCCUCAUGUUACUUCAGGGAGUAGAUCAUUUCAAGAAAAUUCAAUAUGCAGAUGGAAUUACAUAUGGAGAGCUGUUCCUAGAGAAUGAGAAGGAAAUGAGUGCAUAUUAUCUAGAGCAUGCCAGUGUUGAUCAUAUAAAAAAACACUUCGAUUAUUUUGAGGAAGAAGCUCGGUCUUUGCUUGAUCUAGGACUUGCAAUACCUGCGUAUGAUCAGCUUUUAAAGACAUCUCAUGCUUUUAACAUCUUAGAUUCUCGAGGCUUUGUCGGGGUAACUGAACGUGCUCGUUAUUUUGGUCGGAUGCGUAGUUUAGCUCGUCAAUGUGCUCAACUUUGGUUAAAGACAAGGGAGUCUCUUGGCCAUCCUCUGGGUACUAUUUCUGAACCUGACCCUCUUGCUUGCCCAAAAGAAGUCCUGGAGGCAGCAGUUAAUAAGGUGGCUGCGGAACCAAGGUUGUUUAUUCUUGAAAUUGGGACAGAAGAGUUGCCAUCUCAUGAUGUAGUUAAUGCAGGCCAGCAACUUAAAGAUCUAAUUGUGCAGUUAUUGGAAAAACAAAGGUUGGGCCAUGGUGAAGUGCAAGCAUUUGGCACACCACGCAGACUUGUGGUUCGUGUAGAGAGCCUCUGCCCUAGGCAAACGGAAAAUGAGGUUGAGGUCAGAGGACCUCCGGUUUUAAAGGCUUUUGACCAUGAGGGAAAUGCUACAAAGGCUGCGGAAGGUUUUUGCCGUAGAUACUGUGUACCUCUGGACUCCUUAUACAGAAGGGCCGAUGGGAAAACAGAUUAUGUUUAUGUUCGUGUGAUGGAAUCUACACGACUUGCUGUCGAGGUUUUAUCUGAAGAUUUGCCUAGUACUAUCGCUAAGCUAACAUUCCCGAAGUCAAUGCGCUGGAACUCGCAGGUUAUGUUUAGUAGACCUAUUCGUUGGAUUUUGGGCCUCCAUGGUGAAGUGGUUGUUCCAUUUAUAUUUGCCGGUGUUUUGAGUGGAAACCUCUCUUAUGGUCUUCGGAAUACUUCCUCACCUACUGUCAAGGUCGAAAGUGCAGAAUCUUAUGCCAAUUUAAUACAAAAUGCUGGAAUUUCAGUUGAAAUUGAGGAACGCAAGAGAAAAAUUUUAGUGUGUUCAAAUGCUUUAGCAGGAGAGGUUAAUGGAUGUAUUGUUAUGCAGAGUGGCUUGCUUGAUGAGGUCGCAAAUCUUGUUGAGGCUCCUGUUCCAGUGCUUGGGAAGUUUAAAGAGUCCUUCUUAGAGCUACCAAAAGAUCUGUUGACAAUGGUUAUGCAGAAGCACCAGAAGUAUUUUGCCAUCACAGAUGAGGAUGGAAGACUCUUGCCAUACUUCAUUGCUGUUGCAAAUGGAGCAAUUGAUGAGAUGACAGUAAGGAAAGGAAAUGAAGCUGUCCUCAGAGCUCGCUAUGAAGAUGCGAAGUUUUUCUAUGAGAUGGACACACGGAAAAAGUUCUCUGAAUUCCGAAGUGAACUGAAAGGGAUUCUUUUCCAUGAGAAGCUAGGAACGAUGCUGGAUAAGAUGAUACGUGUCCAAAAUAUAGUAAAUGAUCUGAGCUUGGCUCUAGGAAUUAGUGAAGAAAAGCUGCAUAUUGUCCAAGAUGCUGCAUCGUUGGCUAUGUCAGAUCUUGCUACUGCUGUUGUUACGGAAUUCACUUCGCUAUCGGGAAUAAUGGCGCGUCACUAUGCCCUUAGAGACGGUUAUUCUGAACAGAUUUCGGAGGCACUGUUCGAGAUCACACUGCCAAGAUUUUCUGGUGAUACACUUCCAAAAACUGAUGUGGGGACCGUGUUGGCAAUCGCUGACAGGCUAGAUAGUCUUGUUGGCUUAUUUGGAGCUGGUUGUCAGCCAAGCUCCACUAGUGACCCAUUCGGGCUUCGGAGAAUCUCUUAUGGUCUUGUCCAAGUGUUGGUGGAAAACAAUAGAAGUUUGGACUUAAGACAUGCUUUGCGACUUGCUGCUGCUGUCCAAACCAUAAAAGUAGAUUCCAGAACAAUAGAUAAUGCACAUCAAUUUGUAACACGGAGAUUGGAGCAGUUUCUGGUUGAUAAGGGAAUAAGUCCAGAAGUUGUUCGUUCCAUUCUCACAGAACGUGCUAACUGGCCUUGUCUGGCGGCAAAGUCAGCAUAUAAAAUGGAAGCUUUGUUCAGAGGUGAACUUCUGCCAAAGGUUGUUGAAGCUUAUUCUCGUCCAACAAGAAUUGUUCGUGGAAAGGAUGUAAAUGCUGAUAUGGAGGUGGAUGAGGCAGCAUUUGAGACAAGUGAAGAGAGAGCUCUAUGGAGCACCUUCUUGUCAAUAAGAACCAAAAUUCAUCCAGGUGUUGAGGUAGAUGAUUUUGUUGAAACAUCUUCACAACUAUUACAACCACUUGAAGAUUUUUUCAGUCAUGUGUUUGUAAUGGUGCACACCUGAUGCUUCCUGAUAGAGAUGCUUCUGAAUGUUGUGGUGAAAGCAGAACUUCGAUUGGAUGCUCUGAUACCAAGUUGCAAUUUGACAUUGGUUGAGAUUAGGCUUAAGAAGAGGAGGGAGUGGGAGAGGGUUUUAGCAUAAGACUUGCUUCUCAUCUCUACAACUGCUCAAAUUUAUAUUAUUUUAUAAAUAACAAUUACUAAAGUACCCAUUCUAGGGUAGGCUUGUUUGCUAGUGCACAACACAAGCGCCACAUCAAUCCUCCUUCGUAUGUAUAAGUGAGGACAUUGACAUGCGUUCAGCCUUUUACCAAUUGGCAUGCAAAGUUGGAAAUACGAUUAUCAUGUGCCACAUGAUUAUAUUGGGAUUGAACUUAUUAAAUGUUUAGAUUUAGCACAAACGUGUAAUAUUUUGUCUGGACAAUAAUAAAUGCAUUUGCAUGGAACUGCUUUAAAUAGGAUUUAUUUUUAUAUAGUCUUGCUCACUUAUUGUUUUGGAUAUCUUGAUUUUGAGUUUACAAACAUGACUUUUCAUACAACAUAUAUGUUAUUUUUUUGUUUUUUUGUUUCCCCGACAAUGGUGGUGUGAGGCCUCUCAGAGCGCCCCAUAAUCCCUUGUUUCUGGAACACACACAGCUUUAGCACCCCAUAAUCCCUUGUUUCUGGAACACACACAGCUUUUCUCUAGUACUAUCGGCAAACAACUUGUUUAGUUGAUUUGAUAAAAAGGGAAGUCUGAAUUGAUGUCAAGGGUACCGUCUACGAGUAUUUGCCAUGUGGAAGCACAUAACCAUUUUAAUUCUUGAUAUAGAAGUUAUUAACCUUGUUGAAUGAGAUGGUGCAAGACUUUCCAGUUUUUAUAUUUGUAUGUUCAGGAGAAGCUGGUUUUACAGACAUGAAUCCUGUGAAAUAAGUGACAAGCUCCCAAAAUGAAGGGAAGUUUUGCGGGAUAAAAGGGUUAAUGAGGACCCUUGAUGAAAGGAAAAUAGCUCUUUUGACUAAAUAAUUUAGAAAGAUUAAGGUUCAAUUUGAAUUGAGGGAUUGAAAUUGAAUUGAUUCAACUUUUUUGCUUAGAUCUAGGUUACAACAAAUGCGUAGAUUAUUGAUUUGAGACAAGUGUCAAUUGUUUUGAAUUCAAUUUUGAUCUCCUUCCAUACCUCACAAGCCGCAGCUAGUUUAGGACUCCAUUUACUAGAUUGUUUCAUUACCCUCGCCAGGAAGAUAACACCUCUCAUUACAAGCUUGAACACAUGUUUCAGAUCUACUUUAUUAGCUACAUCACCUGGUGCAUUUCCCCAGGGGUGUUGUAAAGUUCAGGGGUGUUGUAAAGUUCCUUGAGAGUCCUAUUUGUGGAUUUUAAAUUACACGAUUUAUUUAUCAAAAAAAAUGGAAGGUAUUAUUUGAAAUCUGUGCCAACAAGAAAUUCUAGUUAUCUUAAUAAAAUCUCUCACCUCUCUACUGUUACUCACUAACCCAAAUUCCUUCAUUUUAAAAUCCCUUGAUUCAUCCAAACUUACCAUUGAUGAAUUGCUGAUAUGAUAACGAAAAAGAUGCAUGGCAAAGUCCAAUGGAACUGUGCUGUUUAACAUGACAAAGCAUAAUCUUGUAAAAAAAAAAAAAAUCAUUGUAAAUUUGAAGUUUGAAGUUUUGUAAUCAUUAUAAAUAUAUCCUUGACUUGGGCAAUAUGAUUAUUUGAAGUUUGGUGGUCAUAGUUUUGUCAGCUAAUUGUCUUCUUUCUAUAUGAAAUCAUUGUAAAUUUUCAAAUUUCUUUUUAUGCGAACCA